AUGGAGCAGAACAGGGUCGUCGCCAGGCCGAUCAGAUGCAAAGCGGCGGUGUGCAAGGCGGCCGGGGAGCCGCUGGAGAUGGAGGAGGUGGAGGUGGCGCCGCCGCGGGCGCACGAGGUCCGCAUCAAGGUCGUCUGCACCUCGCCCUGCCACUCGGACAUCACCUUCUGGCGCAUGAAGGAUGGCCCGAACAUGUUUCCGUGCAUCCUGGGGCAUGAAGCCGUCGGUGUGGUGGAGAGCGUCGGGGAACACGUGCAGGAGGCGGCCGUGGGCGACACGGUGGUGCCGGUGUUCCUGGCGCAGUGCGGGGAGUGCGCCGACUGCCGCUCCGCCCGUAGCAACCUCUGCUCCGCGCUGCCGACCCGCCCCGGCAUGCCGCGCGACGGCACGACGCGCUUCUCGCUCGCCGCCACCGGCGAGCCCGUCCACAACUUCCUGUCCGUCUCCAGCUUCGCCGAGUACACCGUCGUCGACGUCGCGCACGUCGUCAGGGUCGGCGACGCCCUCCCGCCGGAGAAGGCGUGCCUGCUCAGCUGCGGCGUCGCCACCGGGGUCGGUGCGGCGUGGAAGGUGGCGGCGGUGGAGCCCGGCUCGACCGUAGCCGUCUUUGGACUGGGAGCUGUCGGGCUAGCGGUAGCGCAAGGGUCGAAGAUGCGCGGGGCCACGAGGAUCAUCGGGAUAGACCUGAACCCUGACAAGUUCGAUACCGGCAAGAAGCUGGGGAUCACCGACUUCGUCAACCCGAACGGCAUUGGAGAGCAGACCGUGAGCGAGGUCAUCAAGGAGAUGACUGGCGGCGCAGGCGCCGACUACUGCUUCGAGUGCAUCGGCUCGGUUUCAGUCAUGGCGGAGGCCUUCAGGAGCUCCCGGAUGGGCUGGGGGAAGACGGUGGUCUUAGGCGUGGACGGCAGCGCGGCGCCCAUCAGCAUUCCGUCGUUGGACAUCAUGAGGGGCCGGUCGGUCGUCGGCUCCUACCUCGGCGGGAUCAAGCCCAAGGACGACAUCCCCGUGCUGGCACGGAAGUGCCUCGACAAGGAGCUGGAGCUGGACGAGUUCAUCACGCACCAGAUGGGCUUCGACGAGAUCAACCGCGGGCUCGACCUGCUCGCGCAGGGGAAGUGCCUCCGCUGCAUCAUCUGGAUGGAGACGGACGGCGGCGCCGUGGAGGACGGCGCGUGACGAGCAUGGCGCAGGCAUGAUCAUUGGUCCGUUCGUAGAGAAUCGUGGUGCUUGAAAGUUGAAA